AUGUCUAGUAUUCGAAAGGAUAAAUCGUCGGAUGCAUUUCGCAUUCUAAUGUAUUCCACGAAAGAAUAUGAUAAAUUGUCGUUUGAUACUAAACUACAAGAUUUGAAAGAGCCGGACCGAUUUGAAAUUAAUUAUUCUCAUACACGUUUGACGAAGGAUACGGUACGAAUGGCAAAAAGUUAUCAGGCUAUUUGUAUUUUUAUCAAUGAUGAAUGCAAUCAUGAAAUAUUGAAAAAAUUAAACGAAUAUGGUGUAAAAUUGGUUGUACUCCGCUCAUGUGAUUUUAACAAUGUUGACUGGAAAACAGCCGAAGAAAUGGACAUUAAAAUCGGACUCGUACCCGGUUAUUCGCCAAAUGCAGUAGCUGAGCAUGCUGCGAUGUUAGUGAUGGCUUUGAAUAGAAAAAUUCACCGGGCAUAUACACGAGUGAAACAGGGAGAUUUUCGAAUCGACGGUUUGGUCGGUUUCGAUAUGAAAGAUAAAACGGUCGGUGUGUUAGGUAAAUUAGAACGAGAAAUGACAGUUGAAAGAAUGGGUAUUAUCGGUCAAUUUGCUAUUAGUAUUUUUCGUGGUUUUGGCUGUAAAGUUCUCGCCUAUGAUGAUCAAACAACGAAAAGUGAAGAACAGGAGGAGUUGGACUUUGAAUAUAAAGAAUUGGAGGAAAUAUACGCGAAAGCUGAUAUUAUAUCUAUUCAUUUACCGCUCAAUGACAGAACGAAACAUAUUAUUAACAAAUCGAGUAUUGAUAAAAUGAAAAAAGGUGUCUUGUUGGUAAACACCGCUAAAGGUGGUCUCAUUGAUACACAAGCAUUGAUUGAUGGACUUAAACAAGAAAAGAUUGGUGGUGUCGGAUUGGAUGUGUAUGAAAAUGAAAGAAAAUAUUAUUUCAAAGAUUAUUCAUCUCGAAUUAUAGAAGAUGAUUUGUUUGCUCAACUACUCACUUAUCAUAAUGUUAUAAUCACUGCACAUCAAGCAUUUUUGACGCAAGAAACACUAUGUAAUAUAGCCAAAGUAACUCUAGAGAAUAUACAUUCAUUUACAAUAAACGGAAAGGCAGUUUAUGCACCAAAACAUGAUGAAACAUCAAAAUAA